CUUGCUCAUCACAUUAGAAAGAAAGGUAAAAUUUCUUAAGAACGUAGCACCAUCUUCAGAUACGUGCAUUUGUGUGAAAUGUGUUUAAUGAUCAUAAUAGUUGCUGUUCAUCAACUGGAAACUGUGACACCGUGGAACAAAUGGAGAUAUAGUGCUAGCAUGAGUCCGCAGUCUUCUUGUGAUUCUUUAGUACUAGUUAUUUCCUCUAUGUGGAAAGUUACUUGAUAUUUGGUCCACGAAACUCAAGUUUGUUUGGUGCUAACACUUCAUAAGAACAGUUCCUUGUUACCAUGACGACUGACAAAAAGUUAUGUUUUCUACUUUAUAUUUUUGGACUUUUAACUUUGUUUUCCGUGAAGGAUGCUAAUUGUGAAACGAUGCAGCUUAAAUUGAUGGAUAAUAUUGGUAGUGGCGUUAAAUAUGCAAGUCAACUGUUCGGUAUUAACACAGCCAGUGAUAUUGCGAACUUGGUAUCUAAAGCGUUCGCUCCAUCUACUCAGCCACAGAAAACUAGCACUUCUAGUUCCUCUGGCAAUUUCGAAGCCAAGUCCAAUGAUCCAACCCAACUCUUCUAUAGAAUUUUACAACUAUUUGGAAUGGAUAGCACCAAAAUUAAAGCAAUGACCUUAAACGGAAUGAUAUUCAUUGCUCAAAUGGUAGGAAAUUUUUUAACUCCAUUCAAAUCCGAUGAGCUGCAUUCUGUCGACGUGCCUGAAAGUUCGGGUUACUCAGACUUUCCCAACACAACUCGUUCAGUGCGAGAAGGGACGCCAUUCGGCUGGACAAUCACAGAUCAUCACAGAAAAUUGCCAUCGCUUAUGGCUGGAGCUCAGGACAACAAACUUUUGGAAUAUUUAGUAGAACCCAUAAGCACUAUGCAGCAGAGUACGACUGAUGGCGAAUGCAUAAAGCUUUUAUUAUGUAAAACUGCUCCUUUCGUGUGGAGAAUGCAGGAUGCUGUUAUGAAGAGCAUACAAGGUCAAGCGGACGAAGAUCGUCAGCAAACGGAUGGCUCACCUUUUAAUAUUUUAUCUGUGUGGAAGGAGUAUAAGCAGCAUAGUAAAUUUUGUCAGCGCAGAUAUUCGCACUGUAAUGUGACUUCCAUUCAAGGUGUCUAGAGCGAAUCUUUAAGUAACAUAUUCUUCCAAAUUUAUUUUUAAUAUUUAUUAAUGAUUCUAUAAUAAGAGUUUCAAUUUAAGAAUUGCAAGGCAUAUUUUAACCAAGUAAUUCCACAGAUUUGCAUAGUAGAGGUAAAAUUUAUACAAUUCCAUAACAGCUUAUAACGUUAGGUUCCAUACCAAUAAGUUAAGUUCAUGAAAGACAAGCUUGG